AAUGUGCGUCAGUGAAAGUGUUGAGUCCUGGUGCUCCAUCCCGUUCCAUACUUUCCAGUUAGGCUCCAUGAGCACGAACAACUCUCCAACCGCAGACGUCGAUAACACAGUCGUACUUCACCUGGGAAUUGGAAGACCAUACCAGACAAUCAUGUUGGAGAACGAGGCUUUUUCCUGUUUUGUUUUCUAUAGUGUUCUCCUGGUCAUCAAGAUGUACAUCAUAGCAAUCAUCACUGGACAAGUCAGGCUUCGUAAAAAGGCUUUCGCUAACCCAGAGGAUGCGCAGAGACACGGCGGGGUCCAGUACUACAGAGAGGAUCCGGACGUAGAACGGUGCCGAAGAGCUCACCGUAACGACAUGGAGAAUAUCUUCCCUUUCCUGUUCCUGGGGGCUGUGUACUCCCUGAUUGGCCCGUCGCUUGCCGUGGCCCGCGCUCACUUCCUGGUCUUCUUCCUGUUCCGCAUGCUCCAUACAGUGGCCUACCUGUGUGUCCUGCGGGCACCCACACGCUCCCUGGCCUAUGUCGUCGCCCAAGUGCCCUGCGUCUCCAUGGCCGUGCAGGUCCUCGCGGCGGUGGCCUCCUCGUGGUAGUUGUGGUGUUCUGGAUCUAUCUGUGACCACUUCAAUCUGAGACCUAUCUCAGUCUGUGAGAUCAGCGGUAGAGGAUACUGCAAGAGAUGCUUUUCAUACAAGGGACAUCCUCAAGACUAUAUCGCUAUCAAUGCUACCAUAGCAGUUUGUGUCUCUCAGCUGUAAGACAGUGUGUACUCUGAAAGUGUGUACUCUGAAAUGAAGUCAGUGUUGUGCUCUAGCAAGCACAUCCUCCUGCAGUACUGUAUGUUUGCUAUGCAAUGUUGAAGUCAAUUGCCUCCCUCUUGAUAGUCCAGGGGACUCUACUCUCUGAAGAUAAAGGUUUUAAUUAGUUAACAUUGAACCUUUUAACCAGUUCAUUGUGUCGUCAUGUUGUUUUUGUAUACACAAGUUGUUGCUUGUUUCUGUCUUUUUUAUUCUCUAUUUCUUGUUAUAAACUGGGUGGUUUGAGCUCUGAAUACUG